CCGGAGCGGCACAGCCGGGACGGCGGCUCUGCGGCGCGGGAGCUGGUGGCCCGCAGCUCGUCCCCCCGCUGCCGUCGGAGCGCAGGGUGCGGGGCGGAGAGGAGAGGAGAGGCGGCGCCGCCACCGCCGUGCGCGGCCCCGGCACCUGCCCGAGCUGGAACACUCACAGCUUUCCCUAGUGGAUUAUAAGUUUUGAUAUUCAGAAGACUGAAGGAUGCCAUCUGAGAGGUGCCUGAGUGUUCAGGAAAUGCUGACAGGUCAGAGGCUUUGUCAGUCUAGCUCCCACAACGAUGCUGUCCUGGCAGCUCUGAACCAACAAAGAAGUGAUGGCAUUCUUUGUGAUAUUACCCUUAUUGCUGAAGAGCAGAAAUUCCAUGCACACAAAGCAGUCCUGGCAGCCUGCAGUGACUACUUCCGAGCAAUGUUCAGUCUCUGCAUGGUUGAGAGUGAAGCUGAUGAGGUGAAUUUACAUGGUGUCACAAGCCUUGGUUUAAAACAAGCCCUGGACUUUGCAUAUACUGGACAGAUCCUCUUGGAACCAGGGGUGAUACAGGACGUCCUAGCAGCUGGGAGUCAUUUGCAGCUGCUGGAGCUUCUCAGUUUAUGUUCUCACUAUCUCAUUGAGGAAUUAAAUAGUUUUAAUUACUUGGACCUGUACAAGCUUGCGGAUCUUUUCAACCUCACUUUGUUGGAGAAUGCAGUCAUUGGCUUCUUAGUAAAACAUCUCUCUGAGCUAUUGAAGAGUCAUCCUGAAGAAGUUCUGGCACUCCCGUACUGUCUUCUUCGAGAGGUUUUUAAAAGCGAUAGACUCACUUCACUCAGUGAAGAACAAAUCUGGCAGCUGGCUGUGAGGUGGUUGGAACACAACUGCCGCUACCAGUAUCUGGAUGAACUUCUCCAGUACGUCCGCUUUGGCCUAAUGGAUGUGGAUACACUGCACACUGUAGCUCUCACUCAUCCUCUCGUCCAAGCCAGUGAAACUGCGACCGCGCUCAUUAACGAGGCCUUGGCGUACCACCAGAGUGUCUAUGCACAGCCCGUUUGGCAAACUGCAAGGACAAAACCCCGCUUCCAGUCAGACACUCUUUAUAUCAUUGGUGGGAAAAAACGAGAAGUCUGUAAAGUGAAGGAAUUGCGAUACUUCAACCCGGUGGACCAGGAGAACGUCCACAUCGCGGGGAUCGCUAACUGGAGCGAGCUGGCGCCCAUGCCUGUGGGGAGGAGCCACCACUGCGUUGCUGUCAUGGGAGACUUCCUUUUUGUGGCUGGUGGAGAGGUGGAGCACUCCACGGGGCGCACGUGUGCCGUGAGGACUGUCUGUCGAUACGACCCCCGCACCAACUCCUGGGCGGAGAUAGCUCCGAUGAAGAACUGCCGGGAGCACUUUGUGCUGGGAGCUGUGGACGAGUACCUCUAUGCCGUAGGGGGCAGGAACGAAUUGCGCCAAGUGCUGCCCACGGUCGAACGCUACUGCCCCAAGAAGAACAAGUGGACCUUUGUACAGUCCUUUGAUCGGUCGCUCUCAUGCCACGCAGGAUAUGUGGUGGAUGGUCUUCUUUGGAUAUCAGGAGGAGUAACAAAUACUGCACAAUAUCAAAAUAGACUCAUGGUCUAUGAUCCUAAGCAGAACAAGUGGUUAAGCCGCAGCCCGAUGCUGCAGAGGAGGGUGUAUCACUCCAUGGCCGCCGUGCAGAGGAAGCUGUACGUGCUGGGGGGGAACGACCUCGACUACAACAACGAUCGCAUCCUGGUGCGUCACAUCGACUCCUACAGCAUCGACACCGACCAGUGGACCCGCUGCAGCUUCAACAUGCUGACAGGUCAAAAUGAGUCUGGAGUUGCUGUCCACAAUGGUAGAAUAUAUUUAGUUGGUGGCUAUUCGAUUUGGACAAAUGAGCCUUUGGCAUGUAUCCAGGUGCUGGAUGUUAGCAAGGAGGGGAAGGAAGAGGUAUUCUAUGGGCCUACGCUCCCCUUUGCUUCCAAUGGAAUAGCAGCCUGCUUUCUUCCAGCUCCUUAUUUCACAUGCCCCAACCUUCAGACUCUGCAAGUGCCUCACCACAGGAUCGGCACAAUGUGACACAUUCCUUGCGCUUCACGGAAUCGGAAGUGGAGGAGGAAAACAUCAAACCCCACAGGGUUUGAUAGAAGGGUUUCUCUGGGUCAGUGAGAAGAGUCAAUCCACUUGGGCUGCUGCUUUACCAUCACACAUUUGUCUUAAGGCCAGACCCCAGCAGGCAGGAAGGAAGUCCCAAAGGCUGUGUGCGGUUUCUCUCCUGGGCUCAGAGGUGGCGGCGGAUGCGUGAGCGCGUUGUGCAGUUCUGCCGGUGACCACUGGCUAUGUGUCUCCUUCAUUUCCUUAUGCAACUUCGUCAGGCAUUGUGGAUGCUCUCAGCUCUUCCUGGGCCGCUGCUCUUUGGAGUCUGCACAUUCAGUUGUUCACCAGUGGCGCUUUCAAAGACAAUAGAAAAGCUUUGUUUAUGUUGGCAAAGAUGAUAUAAUACUGUGCUAAUUAUG